AUGGAACUGCAGGAGAGCAGUCACCUUAAUGAGAUUCCUCCUAUAACGAGGCUCAAGGCCUGCCUUCCCCAGCCAAGCCAAAAGAGUGCUGAAUGGCUUGACCUUGAAACCUAUUCUGAAGAGUUGAGAAGUCUAGAUAAUGCCCGUCUUCACCAUACAGCUGUGGACAAGGGCUCAUGCUCCACCUGGGGAACUGGGCAUUUCUCAACUUUUGACAACUACUUGUAUGAUUUUUCUGGGACUUGCAAUUACAUCUUUGCCACCGUAUGCAAUGACGUCAACCCGGAUUUCAACAUCCAGUUCCGUCGUGGACCCAACAAAAAAAUUACCAGAAUCAUCAUCGAGUUGGGACCCAAUGUUAUCAUAAUUGAAAAUGGCAUCAUAUCAGUCAAGGAUGUUGGUAUUAUCAGGCUGCCAUACACCAGAAAUGGAAUUCAGAUCACACCUUUUGGACGCACCAUCCGCCUAGUGGCCAAGCUGAUGGAGAUUGAGCUUGCCGUUUUCUGGAAUAAUGAUGAUUACCUCAUGGUUUUGAUUGAGGAAAAAUACAUGACAAGAACAUGUGGACUGUGUGGGAACUUUGAUGGGAAAGAAUUAAAUGAGUUUAUGAGUGAAGACAAACUUCUGGACCCUCAAAAAUAUGCCGCCCUACAUAAAAUUGAUGAUCCUGCAGAGAUCUGCCCAAUUGAGGAAAUGACAGUUUCUAACGUUCCUCGCAAGAAAUAUGCUAGGAUCUGCAGCCAACUUCUAGGACUCGUGUCUCAAUCUUGCAACAUCUCAAGGAAAGGGUUUGUUAUCCGCUGCCAACUUGACAUGCAAAACUGCCCUGAUCAAGGCCAGAGGAACUGUACUUGUGCUACUCUUUCGGAGUACUCCAGGCAGUGUGCCAUGUCCCAUCAGGAAGUGUCUGAUUGGAGGAGCACUGACUUCUGCUCUUUGGGAAGAUGUCCAGCUAACCAAAUCUACAAAGAGUGUGGUUCUCCCUGUCUCAAAACAUGUUCCAAUCCAGAUUACAGCUGUUCCAGCUACUGUACAUAUGGCUGCUUCUGCCCAGAAGGGACUGUUUUGGAUGACAUUUCAAAAAACCGAACAUGUGUUCCGGUUGAACAGUGUCCAUGCACACUGAAUGGGGAAAUGUAUGCUCCUGGUGAUGUUAUGAAAGCAACAUGUAGAACCUGUAAGUGUAUGAUGGGUCAGUGGAGCUGCACAGAACUGCCAUGUCCAGGCAGAUGUUCCUUGGAGGGAGGGUCAUUUGUUACUACAUUUGACUCUAGGCCAUACCGUUUCCAUGGAGUUUGCACCUACAUUCUUAUGAAGAGUCCCAUGUUACCACACAAUGGAACCCUGAUGGCUGUGUAUGAAAACUCUGGUUAUUCCAGUUCAGAGACAUCACUGGCAGCCAUCAUUUAUGUCUCAGGAAAAGACAAAAUUGUGAUUUCCAAAAAUGAAAUUUUAAUGGAUGAGGAUGAACUUAAGAGGCUACCUUAUAAAUCAGGAGACAUCAUCAUCUUCAGACAGUCAUCUACUCACAUUCAAAUGUAUACAACCUUUGGGUUGGAGCUGGUAAUUCAAGUUAGUCCAGUGUUUCAAGUUUAUAUUAAAGUUGGACUUCAGUUCAAAGGCAAUACCCGAGGGCUGUGUGGUAACUACAAUGGAGAAACUACAGACGACUUCAUGACCAGCAUGGAUAUUAUUGAAGGAACAGCACCUCUCUUUGUGGAUUCUUGGAGAUCAGGAAAUUGCCCCCCUGCCAUAGAAAGAGAUACAGAUCCUUGUUCUAUGAGUCAAUUAAACAAAAUGUGUGCCGAGACCCACUGCUCUGUUCUUAUCAAGAAAGAUACAAUAUUUGAGAAAUGUCAUUCUGUGGUGAACCCUGUUCCAUUUUAUAAGAGAUGUAUAUACCAAGCCUGCAACUAUGAGGAAACCUUUCCCUAUAUUUGCUCUGCUCUGGGAUCAUACGCCCGUGUGUGUGCUUCAAUGGGACUGUUUCUUGGGAACUGGCGGAGUACAGUAGACAACUGCACCAUUUCUUGUACUGGAAAUCAGACAUUCAGCUACAACACUCAAGCCUGUGACCGGACAUGCCUGUCCCUCUCCCAUCGAGGCCUAGAGUGCCACCCCACUGACAUCCCUAUUGACGGCUGCAAUUGUCCAAAAGGCACCUAUCUCAAUCACAAAAAUGAGUGCGUCCGUAAAUCCCAGUGCCCUUGCUACUUGAAAGACAGGAAGUUCAUUCAUGCUGAUCAGUCAACCAUAAUUGGUGGAAUUACCUGCUAUUGCAUUAAUGGGAAUCUGAGUUGUACUGGCAAACCUGCUGACCCUGCAGAAAACUGCAAGCCUCCCAAAAAAUAUAUUUCAUGCUCAGCACCUUCAGAAAGCAAAUAUGGAGCUGCCUGUGCACCAACCUGCCAAAUGCUGGCUACUGGAAUUGCAUGUGUCCCCAGCAAGUGUGAAUCAGGCUGUGUUUGUGCUGCUGGACUAUAUGAAAAGCUAGAUGGUACAUGUGUGCCACCUGAUGAGUGUCCCUGUGAAUAUGGUGGCAUCUCAUAUGCAAAAGGAGAGGAGAUACACACUGAAUGCAAGUCCUGCACCUGCACAAGAGGAAAAUGGAAAUGCAUCCAAAAUUCCAGGUGCUCUUCAACAUGCAGUCUCUAUGGGGAAGGCCAUAUCACCACGUUUGAUGGACAACGCUUUGUGUUUGAUGGCAACUGUGAAUACAUACUAGCUAUGGACGGUUGUGGCAUGGGUGGCACUCCCCAUCAUUUUAAAAUAGUGACUGAAAAUGUUGUCUGUGGAAAUACCGGGAUCACAUGUUCCAGAGCAAUCAAGAUCCACCUUGGAAAUCUGACAAUCACUUUGGCAGACAGAACAUACACCAUCUCUGGUUGGAAUCCUAUGACAGAGUUCUUUAUAGAAGAGAAUGCCCUCCACUUGAUUAUUGAAAUUGCAAUCCCUGGCAAAUAUGACAUGUCCCUUAUCUGGAACAGGCACAUGAACAUAUUCAUCAAAAUAUUCAGAGGAGCAAAGGAUCACCUCUGUGGUUUAUGUGGUAAUUACAAUGGGAAUAUAAGGGAUGACUUUGAAACUCGAAGUAAAUAUGUAGCAUCCAAUGAAUUGGAGUUUGUGAAUUCCUGGAAAGAGAAUCCCCUUUGUGGGGAUGUGUUCUUUGUGGCUGAUCCAUGCAGUAACAACCCCUAUCGCAAAGCAUGGGCAGAAAAGAAGUGCUCCAUUAUCAACAGUCAAGUAUUUGCUUCCUGCCACAGCAAGGUGUACCGCAGGCCUUAUUAUGAAGCUUGUGUCCGGGAUUCAUGUGGCUGUGACACAGGAGGGGACUGUGAGUGCAUGUGUGAUGCUGUUGCAGUGUAUGCAAAAGCAUGCUUAGAAGCUGGCGUCUGUGUUGACUGGAGAACCCCAGACUUCUGUCCUGUCUACUGUGACUACUUCAACAGCCAUAAGAAGAAUGCCAUGGAUGGCACCUAUCAUAACUUUGUUAAUGAACUGAAUUGCACCUGGCAUUACCGCCCCUGUAAAUGUCCAUACCAGCUACUAACCUACAGAGAAAUAAACAUUGAAGGCUGUUACAACUGUUCAGAGCAUGACUACUAUGACGCUAAGCAGAAAAAAUGUGUGCCUUGUAUCACCACACCUUCGACAACCAGACCGCCAAGCAGCACUCCGAAAACCACGCCAACCACGUCUCAGUCCACCACAUCCAGAACCACUGCAUCAACUCAGACGGAAACCACCAAUACGCCAAAGACCACUGCAACAGCCUCCACAAUCUCCACACCACCCACCCCUACACAUCACCCCAAAAUCCUAACCACCACAACCCCCUCCACCACGACAGAAUCCACUGCGCCUAGCACACCAACCCCGACAACCACAACAGGACCCGUGCCCCCCACCACACCCUCUCCUCCGACGCCGUCCACAACAACCACCACCACCUCGCCCACAACCGUUACCUCCACUUCCACCAGCACUCCAGUACCCACUGCCACAACUCUCACCACUGCUCCCCCUACCAGCACAGAAACGCCCAGCACAACUCCUGCAACCACCACCGUCCCAGUUACCACGGGUAAGUCUCCUUGGCCGCUCUGCAGCAGCUUACAAGUCUUUCAGGACCCCUCUCUUCCCGUGACCUUGCUCUUUUGCGUUCCAGAAACACCGAAAAACACCACUUCUGUUCCACCACCGGUGCCUACAGUCACCACACCUUCGACAACCAGACCGCCAAGCAGCACUCCGAAAACCACGCCAACCACGUCUCCCUCCACCACAUCCAGAACCACUGCAUCAACUCAGACGGCAACCACCAACACGCCAAAGACCACUGCAACAGCCUCCACAAUCUCCACACCACCCACCCCUACACAUCACCCCAAAAUCCUAACCACCACAACCCCCUCCACCACGACAGAAUCCACUGCGCCUAGCACACCAACCCCGACAACCACAACAGGACCCGUGCCCCCCACCACACCCUCUCCUCCGACGCCGUCCACGACAUCCACCACCACCUCACCCACAACCGUUACCUCCACUUCCACAAGCACUCCAGUACCCACUGCCACAACUCUCACCACUGCUCCCCCUACCAGCACAGAAACGCCCAGCACAACUCCUGCAACCACCACCGUCCCAGUUACCACGGAAACACCGAAAAGCACCACUUCUGUUCCACCACCGGUGCCUACAGUCACCACACCUUCGACAACCAGACCGCCAAGCAGCACUCCGAAAACCACGGCAACCACGUCUCCCUCCACCACAUCCAGAACCACUGCGUCAACUCAGACGGCAACCACCAACACGCCAAAGACCACUGCAACAGCCUCCACAAUCUCCACACCACCCACCCCUACGCAUCAUCCCAAAAUCCUAACCACCACAACCCCCUCCACCACGACAGAAUCCACUGCGCCUAGCACACCAACCCCGACAACCACAACAGGACCCGUGCCCCCCACCACACCCUCUCCUCCGACGCCGUCCACGACAACCACCACCACCUCGCCCACAACCGUUACCUCCACUUCAACCAGCACUCCAGUACCCACUGCCACAACUCUCACCACUGCUCCCCCUACCAGCACAGAAACGCCCAGCACAACUCCUGCAACCACCACCGUCCCAGUUACCACGGAAACACCGAAAAGCACCACUUCUGUUCCACCACCGGUGCCUACAGUCACCACACCUUCGACAACCAGACCGCCAAGCAGCACUCCGAAAACCACGGCAACCACGUCUCCCUCCACCACAUCCAGAACCACUGCUUCAACUCAGACGGCAACCACCAACACGCCAAAGACCACUGCAACAGCCUCCACAAUCUCCACACCACCCACCCCUACACAUCACCCCAAAAUCCUAACCACCACAACCCCCUCCACCACGACAGAAUCCACUGCGCCUAGCACACCAACCCCGACAACCACAACAGGACCCGUGCCCCCCACCACACCCUCUCCUCCGACGCCGUCCACAACAUCCACCACCACCUCGCCCACAACCGUUACCUCCACUUCCACCAGCACUCCAGUACCCACUGCCACAACUCUCACCACUGCUCCCCCUACCAGCACAGAAAUGCCCAGCACAACUCCUGCAACCACCACCGUCCCAGUUACCACAGGUAAGUCUCCUUGGCCGCUCUGCAGCAGCUUACAAGUCUUUCAGGACCCCUCUCUUCCCGUGACCUUGCUCUUUUGCGUUCCAGAAACACCGAAAAGCACCACUUCUGUUCCACCACCGGUGCCUACAGUCACCACACCUUCGACAACCAGACCGCCAAGCAGCACUCCGAAAACCACGGCAACCACGUCUCCCUCCACCACAUCCAGAACCACUGCGUCAACUCAGACGGCAACCACCAACACGCCAAAGACCACUGCAACAGCCUCCACAAUCUCCACACCACCCACCCCUACGCAUCAUCCCAAAAUCCUAACCACCACAACCCCCUCCACCACAACAGAAUCCACUGCGCCUAGCACACCAACCCCGACAACCACAACAGGACCCGUGCCCCCCACCACACCCUCUCCUCCGACGCCGUCCACGACAACCACCACCACCUCGCCCACAACCGUUACCUCCACUUCAACCAGCACUCCAGUACCCACUGCCACAACUCUCACCACUGCUCCACCUACCAGCACAGAAACGCCCAGCACAACUCCUGCAACCACCACCGUCCCAGUUACCACGGGUAAGUCUCCUUGGCCGCUCUGCAGCAGCUUACAAGUCUUUCAGGACCCCUCUCUUCCCGUGACCUUGCUCUUUUGCGUUCCAGAAACACCGAAAAGCACCACUUCUGUUCCACCACCGGUGCCUACAGUCACCACACCUUCGACAACCAGACCGCCAAGCAGCACUCCGAAAACCACGGCAACCACGUCUCCCUCCACCACAUCCAGAACCACUGCAUCAACUCAGACGGCAACCACCAACACGCCAAAGACCACUGCAACAGCCUCCACAAUCUCCACACCACCCACCCCUACGCAUCAUCCCAAAAUCCUAACCACCACAACCCCCUCCACCACAACAGAAUCCACUGCGCCUAGCACACCAACCCCGACAACCACAACAGGACCCGUGCCCCCCACCACACCCUCUCCUCCGACGCCGUCCACGACAACCACCACCACCUCGCCCACAACCGUUACCUCCACUUCAACCAGCACUCCAGUACCCACUGCCACAACUCUCACCACUGCUCCACCUACCAGCACAGAAACGCCCAGCACAACUCCUGCAACCACCACCGUCCCAGUUACCACGGAAACACCGAAAAGCACCACUUCUGUUCCACCACCGGUGCCUACAGUCACCACACCUUCGACAACCAGACCGCCAAGCAGCACUCCGAAAACCACGGCAACCACGUCUCCCUCCACCACAUCCAGAACCACUGCGUCAACUCAGACGGCAACCACCAACACGCCAAAGACCACUGCAACAGCCUCCACAAUCUCCACACCACCCACCCCUACGCAUCAUCCCAAAAUCCUAACCACCACAACCCCCUCCACCACAACAGAAUCCACUGCGCCUAGCACACCAACCCCAACAACCACAACAGGACCCGUGCCCCCCACCACACCCUCUCCUCCGACGCCGUCCACGACAACCACCACCACCUCGCCCACAACCGUUACCUCCACUUCAACCAGCACUCCAGUACCCACUGCCACAACUCUCACCACUGCUCCACCUACCAGCACAGAAACGCCCAGCACAACUCCUGCAACCACCACCGUCCCAGUUACCACGGGUAAGUCUCCUUGGCCGCUCUGCAGCAGCUUACAAGUCUUUCAGGACCCCUCUCUUCCCGUGACCUUGCUCUUUUGCGUUCCAGAAACACCGAAAAGCACCACUUCUGUUCCACCACCGGUGCCUACAGUCACCACACCUUCGACAACCAGACCGCCAAGCAGCACUCCGAAAACCACGGCAACCACGUCUCCCUCCACCACAUCCAGAACCACUGCUUCAACUCAGACGGCAACCACCAACACGCCAAAGACCACUGCAACAGCCUCCACAAUCUCCACACCACCCACCCCUACACAUCACCCCAAAAUCCUAACCACCACAACCCCCUCCACCACGACAGAAUCCACUGCGCCUAGCACACCAACCCCGACAACCACAACAGGACCCGUGCCCCAAACCACACCCUCUCCUCCGACGCCGUCCACAACAUCCACCACCACCUCGCCCACAACCGUUACCUCCACUUCCACCAGCACUCCAGUACCCACUGCCACAACUCUCACCACUGCUCCCCCUACCAGCACAGAAAUGCCCAGCACAACUCCUGCAACCACCACCGUCCCAGUUACCACAGGUAAGUCUCCUUGGCCGCUCUGCAGCAGCUUACAAGUCUUUCAGGACACCUCUCUUCCCGUAGCGAUCCAAGGGGCAGAGGGAUUCCCACCUCCAGGUCCCACGUAA